AUGUCAGACUAUGAAGUGUCAGUGCAGCAGCUCAAUGAUCUGUGUGCCAACGUUGACGGUUACUACAGCAUGCCAACACACCAUGUCGACGAGGUGUUCCCCAGGAUAUAUGUUGGAAAUGCUAUUGUGGCCAUGAACACGAUGCGUCUGAAGAAGCUAGGCAUCACCCACAUUCUGAAUGCAGCGGAAGGCAACUCCUUCAUGCACGUUAACACCAACGCAGAGUUCUACGCUGGCACAGGCAUCACAUACCACGGCAUGGGCGCCAGUGACACAGACCACUUUGACCUCAGCAUCUACUUCGAGGAGGGGGCGAACUUCAUUGAGAAGGCCUUGGCACACAAUGAUGGGAAGGGUAAAGUGUACGUUCACUGCAGAGAGGGCUACAGCCGCUCCCCAACACUGGUCAUCGCCUACCUGAUGCUGCGCCACAGGAUGGACAUUCAGUCCGCCCUGUCCAUGGUACGACAGAAGAGAGAGAUCGGCCCUAACGAUGGCUUCCUGCGCCAGCUGUGUCGCCUCAACGAAACUAUGGCGGCCGAAGGAAAGUUCUGGAACCAAUGA